GAAUGCAACAUGUGACCAAAUCAGCUGAUGGAGGAAAAAAAGGCUCGCGGCCCGCCUUCUUGUGUGACGCAUGGCUCACGCUACGGUACGCCAUUUGUGUCUAGCAGCAAAAAGCGCGGACAGUGGAAAUAGUCGUAUAACAAGAGGAGUUUGAUCCAGUGUUGGUGAUAACGAUCAACUUCACUGUUAUAGAAUUAUAGCAGUGUAAGAUAUGGAUGAAACCGUAACAUUAGAAAAAGAGGCUGUUGAGGACAAAGUGUCUGACACCGUCAGUUGUAAGGUGCAGCAGGAUGAUGUUGACAUGGAGGGAAAUAAAGAAGACCCUACCGAAAGUACUGCCAAGCCUGAUGAAGCGGAAGAUGAACUCGCUAAAGGUCUUCUGCCGGACAACGUGCCUGAAGGUCGGGAUACUAUCUGCACAAAUUGUGGGUUCUCAGCUAAAUGUCCAAGAUCACUGAAGAUUCACUAUGCAAGAAAGCAUGGAAAGAACUCGAAGAAUAACAAAAGAACAGCUAAGCUAGCUGAAAAAAGUGAACAAAUCUCUGACCUGAGUCCAUCUGAAAUCCAUCAGGAAGUAGACAUGGAGACAGAAAGUGCUGCUGAAGUUCAACAGAACAAUAAGUCUGAUAGUGAUGAGUUGGGAUCAGGGUCCAAUGAGAUGAAGACAAAGCGUUUAACUAAAAAGCAAACUGAACUAGACAAAGAGCAGGCAGAUCAAGAAGAGGCCAUCCCUACACAGGAGAGAAGAGUGAGCAAGCGGACCCCAAAACCUAAGAUGAUAUAUUCCUGCAACUACUGUGGACAAGAGUUCAGGGACAAGUCCCCUUUGGAUGUGCAUAUCCAGAGUUACCACACCAAAGACACCCAAUUCACAUUUGAGGCUGGUGAGAACAUGGAUACAGAAAAGGACGCUGAGGAUCCUGGCAGCACUCUGAAAGCUACUCCCACUAGAGUGGCAGCUAAACGUGCGCUCAGCAGGUUCCAGCUUAAGUGUACCAAUUGUGAUUUUAGGGUUAGCAACCCUUCAUUGCUGGAGAGCCAUACUCGAAUCAAACACAUGAACCAGCAGUGGUACCGUUGCAAAUUGUGCAACUUCUUUUCUGCCACAUCUGAGUGGAUGGACGCUCACCUGUCCUCCGAUAGUCACAUGCAGCAGCAGAAAGAGGAGAAAGGCAUGGAGCUUUCGGCAUUUGAAGUGUACGUUGAGAGUGUAACUAGAGACAGUAUUGGAGAAAGUGGUAAAGUGGAUGAUAUGGCUCAGGUGGCUACUGGAGAAGACGUAGACUCUGCAACAGAAGGACAUCAGGAAACUGAAGAGGCAGUGGAGGCUGCCGAAGCUGAUUCGGUCGAGGAAGAAGAUUUUGAGCUUCAAUCUCCCAAAAGAAAAAGAGGAAGACCAAAGCAAGUGUCCACGACCACUUGUGGAUACUGUGGCCUGGUAGUGUCCAAUGCUACUAACCUCAGUGUCCAUGUCCGCCGCAAACACAGCAAGGAGUAUGGCUACAGCUGCACCCUGUGCAACUACAGCUGCGUGACCAAAGGAGACAUGGAUCGUCACUGCAUCACAAAGAAACAUGUCAGACGUGCACAAGAUUGCUCAAAUAAGAACCAAGUGGACAACCACACAAGUCCGUCCCCGCAGGAAUCCACAAGUCAAUGCCAGGAACCAGAUGCAGCCCCACAGACCCCUGAUAAGGAGUCAGAAUCUGACAACACAGCAUCCAACGAGCAGAGUGGGGAAGAGCAAACUCAGUCAGACACAAGCCAGAACAAAAGUAAAUAUGACUCUCUGAAUGCUUGCGUGUAUUGUGAUUUUGUAGCUCAAUCAGUCCCUUCGCUGCAUCUUCACGUCAAGAGAAAGCACACCAAAGAUUUCGAGUAUGUAUGUCUAGCAUGUAGCUACUAUGCCGUAACAAGCAGGGAAAUGUCUCGCCAUGCCAGCACAGAAAAGCACAAACAGAAAAGCCGGAAAUAUCUGGCACCAACAGGAAGUGAGGGACAAAGAGAUGCAGCGCUCCCUUUGAAGCAAAAAGAGGACAUUGAUCUUGAGGGGGCAAACUCCUACCCUGAAUGUGAACCCUAUAGCCCCAAAGAAGAGUCUGACUCUUGUUCUGGUGACAGCCAAGUUGUGGAAAGUCAGAAUCCAGCCGAACUCUCCGUCACCACAGAGCAUGUUGAUGCUGUAGCUGGUGUGGACAAGGAGCAAGCAGAGCCUGAUACAUCUUCUAGUUCCAGUGAACCACAUCUAACCAAUGUGACAAUGGAGCCUACAGAGCUAUCUGAAUCUAAGCAGGCUGUAACAGAUGUUCAGCCUUCAGUGGAUCAGCCUGAGAGCCAGGAGGAACAGGCGGACGAAGAGCAAGAGAUUAUUAUAGAUGCAGAAAGUGGCAAAUCUCCUCCAGAUACACAAAUGUCCAAAGCCCUUCCCUUCGAUGCCUGCAUUGUAUCCUGGAAGAACCUUGCUGAGCAGGAGCUGCAGGAAGGUUUGACUCUAGAGGGCGAGGCUGCUGUCAUAUGUCUGACUGGGGGGUCCCCGGUGACUGGCAGCCUGCCCUCUCACUCUGCAUACGUCAAGAAGAUCACACGCAAAGAAUUGAAGGUGAGAAAGGAAGCUAAGGGAAGCGGCUCGCGCAUACGCUGCGACGACUGCGGCUUCAUGGCCGACGGCAUCAGCGGCCUCAACGUCCACAUCUCAAUGAAGCACCCGUCCAAGGACAAACACUUCCACUGCUUGGUGUGCGGCAAGUCUUUCUACACCGAGAGCAACCUGCACCAGCACCUGACCAGCGCCGCCCACCUCCGCAACGAGCAGAACAGCGUGGAGGAGCUGCCCGAAGGCGGCGCAAGCUUCAAGUGCGUGAAGUGCACGGACCGCUUCGAGUCUGAACAGGAACUGUUUGUUCACAUCAAGGAGAAACACGAGGAGCUUCUGAGGGAGGUCAACAAGUACGUGGUGGAGGACACGGAGCAGAUCAACCGCGAGCGUGAAGAGAACCAGGGCAGCAUGUGUAAAUACUGCGGCAAGGUGUGCAAGAGCAGCAACUCCAUGGCCUUCCUGGCACACAUCCGCACACACACUGGAUCCAAGCCCUUCAUGUGCAAGAUCUGCAACUUUGCAACCGCUCAGCUGGGAGACGCCAGGAACCACGUGAAGAGGCACCUCGGCAUGAGAGAGUACAAAUGUGACAUCUGUGGAUGGGCCUUUGUAAUGAAGAAACACCUGAGCACCCACCUGCUUGGAAAACAUGGAGUCGGACAGCGUAAAGAAAGGAAGUUUGAAUGCGAGUUGUGCGAUCGCUCCUUCAGUGAAAAAUGGGCCCUGAACAACCACAUGAAACUACACAGUGGGGAGAAACCGUAUAAGUGCGCCUGGCCGUCCUGCCACUACGCCUUCCUCAACCUGUCGGCCAUGAAGGACCACUAUAGGACGCACACAGGAGAGAAGUCUUAUCUAUGUGACCUGUGUGGUUUUGCUGGAGGCACGAGACACGCCCUCACCAAACACAGACGCCAACACACAGGAGAGAGACCCUUCAAAUGUAAGCUGUGCAGCUUCGCCUCCACCACGCAGUCCCACCUAUCGCGUCACAAGCGCGUCCACACCGGAGAGAAGCCAUACCGCUGCCCCUGGUGCGACUACAGAUCUAACUGUGCUGAGAACAUCCGGAAGCACAUUCUCCAUACGGGCAAACACGAGGGCGUGAAGAUGUACAACUGUCCCAAAUGUAUCCAUGCCACCAACUCACCCAUGGAGUUCCGCAACCACCUGAAGGAGAGCCACCCAGAUAUUGAGAAUCCAGACCUUGCCUACCUACAUGCAGGCAUUGUGUCCAAGUCUUUCGAGUGCCGUCUGAAGGGUCAGGGGGCCACGUUUGUGGAAACAGAAGCCAUGGAGUCCCCGGUGCACAUUAAGGGCUCUGAUGGCGCCUGCCACGAUGACUCCAUCCAGCAGGUCAUCAUCAUCCAGGGCUACAGCGGCGGGGAGGUGACCAUCGACCAGACGCUGGAGCAGUCUGCCGCCGCCACCCUGCAGACCCUGGCUAUGGCCGGCCAGGUGGCGGAGGUUCUCCACAUCACAGAAGACGGACAAUUCAUCGCCUCGGGCCGGGAAGUGGCAUCGGGGGGGGCCCACCUGGCCGGGGGCAGCACCCAGUACGUGGUGCUGGAGUCGGGGGAGGCCAGGAAAGAGCUGCGGGCCGUGGCCAAAGGAGGGAUGGGGGUCCCAGGACAAGGUCACAUGGUCUCAGAGUCCUCCACAGCUCUGGACGCUCUGCUUAGCGCCGUCAGCGAGAUGGGGCAUCACGAGGAGCAGCAGGAGGGGGCUUCCGCCGUUGAUCACGAGUCCCCUGAAGUCGCCGAGGCGGUGCAGAGUGUAGAGCAGCAGGAGAGGAAGCAGGAGCAGGAGGAGAUGCAGGCGAGGGGCCGGGAGGAGAUGCAGGAGGUGCUGCAGCUCGCCGCCUCGCAGAUGAUGAAGGAAGGCCUACACCAGGUGAUCGUCAACGACGAAGGGACGCACUACAUCGUGACGGAGCUGGACAACUGCACCCUGCAGGUGGAGGGAAGCAUGUAUGGAGAGGUGGGGGGGGGUGAAGAGGUGGUGCAGCAUUCGGAGCCGCAGGCUGGAGAAGAGAUGGUGGUGUAUCUGGAUGGAACCCCUCAUAAUAUCGUUCUGGAAGGGUAGAAGAGAGAAAAUUCCACUUAAUGUUUGAUCUCAGUUCUUUUUUUUAUUCUGUUAAUGCCUUUUUUUUCAUGACUUUUUAAUUUUGUAUUCUUUUACCUCUUGUGCUAAACUCAGGUCAUUUAUUCAGAGGGACAGUCUUUGGUGUUGUGUUAGUCAACUUCCAAACUUUUCAACCACCAAGACGUCAAUAACCACUCACUGAUUAAUGCAUUGCAACGAAAGAAAAUGAAAUGAGUUCCGCCUAAAAUAUUAUUUUCUCAAAGGUUCUCUCUAAUAUUCUUAGUCAGUACAAAGAAAAAUACGUGUUCUGCUUGUUGUCUCCUUUAUGAUACCUUUCUUUAACAGUACCUUUAGUUUUGUGCAGAUGGUAGAACCUUGACUUAGACUCAAUAGUGUAUUCAUUGUUUCUACUUUCUAUUAUUUCCUUUAUUCACAUCCUUUGUAGGUAUUGUUUAUUGCUGAGAAUGAACUUGGAUUUAGAAAUAUGAAAAACAGAUGAUUUAUUAUAAAAUGAAGCUGAUGUACAUUAAAACAUUUCUAACACCCUUCAUCUGUUGGGAAACCUCUAAAAAACAUAAAUGCAAUUUCAUUUCUGACAAUAAAGAUUGAUUCUAGUUUUUAA